UUUGGUGAAAACAAUCCACUGAGUGUAUCUGAGAUAUCUUUUUGUCUUUUCACUCAUCUCAAAUUUCUCAUUUCCCAUAGCUGGUUGGUAUCUUUCAUCUCAUGCAAAUGAUCUUGUUUUAUAUUCCGUGGAUUGUUCCAGAAUCCUUGAAGCUAUGAUGCUGACGAUAACUUACAAAAAAAACUCUGUGAUGAUCUUAUUGGCGGCAUUUUUCAUUACGAUCAGUUCAAACAUUGUUCGACCAGAGAGUCUGGCAUGUGAGCAACUCAUUGAAUGUUAUGCAAAAUCUCGGGCCAAAACUGACGAAUGUCUACCGUAUACUGAAAAGAGAGAGUGCCGGAACGAUUCUUUGGAGUCGGAACUCAAGGAACUAAUUGAUGAGCGGAUUUCGCUUUACGAAAACUGUUUACGCGAAAAAUCACCCACUGCGACAACUAUCACAAAUGCGAAAAAGAAAGCCAAAUGUGAUGCAAUACUGCAGAAGAAUCCAGACAAAAUAAACAAACUUGUGACCAAUGAAAAAAUAAAAAUAAGAGAAAGAGUCGGCGGCCAAUUCACAAAGGCAAAAAGGAUGAUGCACAACAGAAAUUGUGUUUUCGUGAAGCACGCAAGUUGAAAAGUUAUUGCGGACAGCUGUCCAAAUGCUGCACCAUCAGUAAACUAUGUAAAAUAAACACAAUAAUUGAUGAAAAAAUUGCUGCAAAAAGAAUGGAAAUCAGGGAAACCGAUGAACAGUGCCAUCUGGAACAUUAUGGUAGUAUGAAAACGAAAAAUGACAGAAACAAUAAACGUGGAGGGCGUCGCCGUGCUGGUAGACAACGCAGAAAAUUCAAAAAUCCAAAUUCUAAUAUAUAAGCUUUGAUCAGUUAAAAAAUGAUAGUGAUGCUUCAAUAUGAAUGAUAGUACCGUCUUUCAAUGAUAAUUUUUCAAUUAUUGUCAUGGAAUUUUCAUUUCGAAGUGAGUUUGUUCGGAAUAUUAGUUACAUCGCAUGCUUUAAAACUUAGGUCAAGUGAGUGGUUUGUACAUGUGCUCCAUUCUUGAAUACUUUCUUGAUCCCAUCUCCGUUAUCGCUUGAAAUUUUUUCGUAAGCAUUAAAAUUCUCACACAUGCCCUUGUAUGUAAAAGUCUCAGUACUUAUGGAAAGAUAUUUUCAUAUUGGUUUCCCGAAAUUUUUAUUUCUUGAAAAAACGCC